AUGGCGACAAUCCAGCAGACCCCGGCCCUUAUGGAAGAGGAGACCAGCAGUAUCGAUACCCCCGCGUCAUCUGAGAGUGAAGUCAGCAUUGAAGAAAAGGAACGAAGAGUUCAGUUCGACGACAAGGUCAAGUUCAUCCGAUUCGAGGUGGACGCCAACAUGCGAAAGCACAAGUGGUAUCGGAAAUCCGACUACAAGAGAUUCCACCACGAAAAGAAAGAGACACUGAGACAGUUUCGUUUCGCCCAGUCCAAGUUUCAACGCAUGGAAGAGGACAUCUUUUGCCUCCGGGGCUUUGAAGCCUGUCUCUCUGUCCGAGCCGUCAAUCAAAAGUGGCUCCACCGAGUAUCGGCAGUACAGUCCGUGUUGGAAACACAAUACCACCAACGAACGCAAGGAGUCUACGAUCCCAAACGAAUCCAGUCACGCUACUGCAAGGUUACGGUCCCUUGUCGCAACCAGGCACUGGAACGAGCGGCACUGGAUGCCCGUGAAGUACAAAAGCAACAACUAGAAGCCGCCAAUCAACAGCAGCAGCAGCAGCGGGACAAUACGGAAGCGGAGUCGCUAAAGCACCAGUUCGACCGAUUGUUGAAGAUCAAGUCGGGACCCGUGCAACCCAGUUUGCGGUCAGCGACAUCCGGGCCACUGCAACUACGAAAGACAGUGCCAUCCACGGCUUAG